CAAGAGUGUUGCACCUUGCAGGAGCUUUGCAUCUUUUUCUUCCAGACCUUGAUGUGAUGACUCUUCGAAAUAUUCGCCAAGCGACGAAGCAAUUUGUGUCCACCUGCUAGUUGCCAGCGCAAUGUUGGUGGCCGACGCAGCAAAAUUUGUGGAUCGACCGGGUUUUUGCUACCCUGCCAAUUGCAUUAGCAAAGCAGCUGAACGGUGGCACUGGCUUCAUUUUCUGCUGGUUGCGAUUAUUGCGGUGACGCUCGAGCUAACCAUCGGCUCCAAUCCUGAAAGGCAGCUCCUGCAGUUCAUCCGUGGACAUGCUUUGGCUAUUGCACUGGGAGUCUCUGUGUUUAUCAGCGAGACCCUGAAGCUCACAGUUCUGAAGGUUAGCGGCGAUGAUUUGCACACUGCCAUGCUGAAACAUAAGAUUCCUCGUGUGAGAAAGCUGCUGGAAUUCAGCCUCGGAGGAGAAGUUCUGGAUGUAAAUGGACCAUCCAAGGACUCAGAAAGGGCCACGGCAUCGAUGUUGGGGGCCAAAAGUGGCUUUGUGGAGGGUCUGCGGAUGAUCAUGUCUUGCGGAGGCAAAGUUGAGGUGCGGAACUCCAAAGGCGAGAGCUGCAUCCACUUCGCAGUCCGUCAUUUGCAGUUGGAAGCGUUGGAGUUCCUGGUGAAUCAACCAGGAGCCAACAAGGUUUUAAGAAGCUGCCGAACUGAACUGCUGAAAUUGGCUGUCGAAGCUUGUGGUGUGCGCAUACCACAGGAUAGUGUCGCAUCAGAAAGCUCAGAUUUCUUGGCCAUGGUGCGGGAGAACCAGAGAUUGAACGGCGAUGACACUCGGCAGCUCUUCCUUCUCCUCGAGCCGGAGCGAGGGACAAGGAGAAAUGCAGAAGAAACGUAUUCUGCAUCCAGCCUCCACAACGUCAGGGCGCAUUUGGCAAUGAGCAGACAUUUGCUACAGCUGUUCGGACCUAAUGCACAAGAAGAAAAUGCGCCAGAACUUCAUGAUUUGCAUUCAGUGAGUGCAUUGCUAGUGGCGCACAGCACCGGCACCCUGGCCCGGCUGCUGCUGCAAAGACAACCAGCUGUGGGGCUUGAGCAGUUGAAAAGGGUGAGGACGCUGGGACAAGGUGCUUCGGGCACAGUUAUUGAAGUGGAAUACGAGGCACCAACGCAAACUCGUUCCUCACUUCGAUUGCGAUUGGACAGCGCCGUGGCAGAGGGACCAAAGCGAUUUGCCAUGAAGCUGCAGUCCAAGCGCAACAUGCACCUGGAUUGGCAGGCAUAUUCAGAGGUGGUGGCACUGAGGAGAUGUAGACAUCCCUUCAUUGUACGCUUGGAGCAAGCCUUUCAGACUCCUCACUACUAUGCAUUACUGCUAGAGCUUUGUCCCAACGGUGAUGUGAAUCAACUUCUUUGCAGAGCGGAUCCGGCAGGGCGCUAUCCCGGUUUGCCCUUGGAGCGUGCUGCCAAGUUUGCUGGGCAGGUGCUUUUGGCGCUUGUGCACUUGCACGAGGAGUAUGGCAUCAUCUACCGCGACGUCAAACCCAAGAACGUUCUGCUCUCUGCAUAUGAUGAGGCAAAGUUGGCAGAUUUUGGCUUGGCCUUAUACGUCGGGAGAAAGUUUUUCAGUGUGCCUUGCUCAGGGAAGCGGAUGGCAACGGGCCAGGGGGGGAUUGACAGUUUCUUUAAUGCCUUUGAGCAGGAUUGUCAGGGUGACUCAGGUUCCCAAGGUGUGUCAAGAGGACUCAGGAUAAGUGUGAACGUCUCUGCGUAA